CUCUGGGUGCGCAGGGGCCCGCGUUUCCCUGCUUUUCCCCCCAAAAAAUCCCAUUUCCCUGCACUUCCCAAAUCUUUCACACUCGUCCCUAAAUGUUCCCUCUACUGCAGCUGGAGAAAACGAACCACGGGAUGGUUCCACCAUGGAGGAAGGGAUGGAUGGGAAGUGUGAAGGAAAAUGUUUGAGGCAGUGAUUGCAUCUAAAUUCUGCAAAUUUUUUAUUUUUUCCAAUGAUCUGAGGAAAAAAAAAAAAAAUAAAACAGAGCAGAAGAUUCCGGCCGGGGUGAGAAAUGGGGAGAAUCCUUUGCUCCUGGAAAAGGAAACUCCCUGCAGCCUUGAGGCCUGGCAAGGGCACUCGUGCACAGGCUGGAAGGUGAUUUUAGGAGGGUCCUGCCCUGGGACGCUCCUCAGGGAUGCAGGGCGGGUCCCAGGUGAGUCCGAGCGGGCAGAAAUAAAUUCCCGGCGAUGAGAACCGGAGAAGGGAGCGUGAGCUCCGGAGGGGUGACUCAGUGGGAACAGAGGCACCGGGGCAGCGGCCGCGGGCCACGGAAAGGAGCCACCGGCGUGACUCAGCGGGCCCGAGCGGGCAGGAUGAAGCUGCUGGUGGCCGCGCUGGUGGCCCUCAUCCCGCUCCUGCCCACGGCCUGGGGCAGCGAGGCCUCCCGGACCUGCAUCUUCCAGACCCUCAGCGAGCCCGACCACAAAUUCUGCAGGGGGGAACUGGAAGUCAUCUACCCCGAGGUGGGUGACGUGAGCUGCUCCUACGUCCCCAAGUGCCACCGCUACCGCCACAAGCUCAGCUCCGAGUGGGGCCAGCCCCGCGUCCGCUACCCCUGGGCCAAGAAGACCAAGAAAUACGUCCUGGUGAUGGUGGAUCCCGACGCCCCCAACAGAGCCCACCCCAAGCACCGCUUCUGGAGGCACUGGCUGGUCACCGACAUCCUGGGUUCGGAUCUGAGGGUGGGGAAGAUCAAAGGGAAGGUCCUGACAAGUUACAGCCGGCCCAAGCCCCCGCGCUACAGCGGCUACCACCGCUACCAGUUCCGCCUGUACCGGCAGCCAGAGCACCAGGCCAUCAUCCUGAGCUCCGAGGACCAGGACUCGCUGGGCACCUGGGACUUGAAGGACUUCGUGGAGGAUUUUCACCUGGGCCACCCUGUGGCCUCAACCCAGUUCCUCACCAAAAACUACAAGGAUUAACUGGGGCCGUCCCUCCCUUGCCCUGCACAUCCCCACACCACAGAGCCGCCUCUGCCUGGGGCAGAGGGGACCCCAGGACCCACCGAGGAUGAGCCCACCCUGCUCCCAGCCCAGAGCCACAGCACCGACCCCUCCCCUCCCAAAGCCAAGCUGUCUCUCCCUCUGGGGAAUGUGCCAAGGGGUGUCCCAGCCUGCCUGGGGAUCCCAGGAAUUCUGGCAUCGCCCCUUCUCCUCCCUGCGCCCCAUUCCUGACUUGCCCCCCUGCAUGUCCCCCUGGCACUUUGGGGACUUUGAGUUUGAUGCCUGCAGC